AAAUCUAUGUCGGGUUUGACACUCUUCGUAACCAUUGACUUGGUGGGUCCAAUUUGAAAUGCUACAAUUUCUUCAAAGUCAAAAUUUUGGGUCGCCCUUGAUUGGUUAAGCCAUUUAGAAUUCAGAGUUACUUUUACAAAUGGUUUUGAAAAAGUUUAAUGUGCCAUUUUGGUGGCUACUUUCAAUGGAAAGACUGCGACGCCUUCCUCUCCAUUGUCAUAAACACAUGAACACUUUUACAUUAAAAAAAAAAAAAAAAACAAGAGACAGACGUUGAAUUUUCUUAUAGACAAACAGACAGAAGCCCAAAGUCUCUUUACAUUCUAAUCAAUGGAACCGGGAUCAAGCCUUGGAUAGAACGAGCUUGUUGCCCAAAUGCCCCAUUAUUGGGCCAGUCUCCUAAGAAGUCUUGGGCUGGGUAGAUUGGCCGCUAAGCGAGUUAUUAGUACGAGAUCGAGACUCGAAAGAGGCCAUUGUCGAGAGAAAUCUGGAAAUUUUUCGGGGAGCACAAGCAAAAGUAUGAAUACGAGUGGGAAAUAUUUCAAAUGUGUUGAGCCAAAAAGCACUUUCUAGACUCGCUAUAUGCUUUUGCCAUGUUAAUUUCAAGAUACUAUCAUAUCACAGCUGCUUUAAGCAGCCGCGAAAGCAAAGCAAAGUUGAACCUGGAAAGCCCUAUGCUAACAUCCGUCUCCUUUCCUCCUAUUCGGAUUUCUCUAAUCUUAUUCCAAGUAGAAGGAAUUUUUUUCCUGCAUUUCAGAGGGCUUCGAUGAAGAGGGGGCGUUGGAAAGGUUUGUACCACAUGCAAUAAUGGCAGUUUGCAGGUCGAAUUGAACCAUUUUAUGCAAACACGACGUCCCCAAAACAACGGGAAUCUUGAACGACCUGGAACCAACAUCCAUCAAGCAAUAACCAAAUUCCAUUUAUAACUCCACAUGGUUGUAGACGCUAUAUGGAAAAGGAUGCAAUUUUCUGAUAAGAAUUCCUCUUCACAUGACUUGACAUCAACGCGGGAACGCGUCGUGGGACUUUUUGAAAGAAAUUUAAAGGUGAAAAACUAGUUGGAUGUUAAUCAUAUAUGAGUGUAGAGAUUCAUGUUAAUCACCCUUUUUUGUUCUUGAUAUUUACAAAUCAUUCUCAAUGGAUCAAUUUCGUUCAUUUAUUUUUUGAACAAUAACAACAAUCACGAAUUGAAAACAUUAAAAUUAGGAUAAUAAUGCCAUAUCCCAUAAUUAUCCUACCAAGUGUACACAUGACAAUUGACAUACCAACCUCCCCCAUUGACCCAUUAGUCUGAUACCUUUCCUUUUAAUUAACCGAACUAUAACUUCGGUAAGAAUCCAACCCACCUAUUUAUUACCGCCACUCCUUUCCUUUCUCUCCCUAUAAAUACCAAGGCCAUGCCCAGUCGAUCUACUCAUCGUACACAACAACUCCUAGGUUUUACAAGUUGCAUGUAGUUCUGAAAUCCAAGCAAUGGCCAUCUCCAGGACUCUUAUGGCUUCCCUUUUUAUUUCUCUCUUUAUACUUCGUUUGGCCGAGUCGUCUGAUCCAAUGAUGAUCACGAAUAUGGUAGACAAUUCUCUCACUGAUGACAAAAUAGAUUGUGAUGGAGCUUGUGAUGUGAGAUGCAAGUUAUCGUCGAGGCCGAACCUUUGCAAGAGGGCGUGUGGAACAUGUUGUGCUCGAUGCAACUGCGUUCCUCCGGGCACCUACGGUAACUACGACGUGUGUCCGUGCUACCGUGACAUGACCACUCAUGGUGGCAAACACAAAUGCCCUUAGAUAACCCUUAUGCGUCCUCUUCAUCUGCUUUUCAAGUACUCAAAGUUAAAUUUGGAAUAAGAUAACGACAAUGUUAUAUACAAUAAUUAAUAAAAAAGUAAAAAGCACGGUUGUAGCUACUUGCUUCGGCUUUUAAUUAUAGUGAAGAUUCCUAUGUUUGUGGCUUACUUUUCCCUGCACAAAUAUUGGUUUUCGUCCAAAUAAUUCACUAAUUAAUACAUCUCAAAUCAAAUAUAUUUUAUUGCUAGAAAAUUUUGAUAAUAAAAUUUCAUGAAAAUAAAUAGUCUAAAACAUUGUUUCCAACUAAAAUAUCAUGAUUCAAAUAUAAUCCUUUGAGAUAUCAAAAUUUUCUUUCAUCGAAACAAAAGUUAAUGCAGUUGAUUAUGUAUUCAAAAUCAAGUGACUUUGGAAUUAUUUCUCGUGCAACUAAUUAAUUAAUUAGAAAAUUAAAUAAACAUUAUUAGAAAAUAAAAAAAAA